CUUAAAAACAAAGUUUUUAACAAAAACCUUAAAGAUAUUUCGGAACAUUACGAAAAGUUUUUUUAUUAUUUAAGCAUCAUUAUACUUUUUUUUUGGAACUUGCGAAAAUAUUAAAAGUGCAAAAAUGGAUCCGCAGCAACAAUUCUGUUUAAAAUGGAACAGUUACUCGUCAAACUUAGCCAUUACAUUUUCCAAUCUAUUUAAAUCGGAUCUGCUGGCGGAUGUAACAUUAUCAUGUGAUGGUGCAGUAUUCAAGGCACAUAAAUUAAUAUUGGCGGCAUGUUCGAAGAAGUUUGCUGAUCUAUUUGAAACAACACCAACAAAUGGACAAUGCGUUAUUAUACUGGAGGCUACAUCAUCAGAUAAUAUGGCUGCAUUGCUAGAAUUCAUGUACAAAGGCGAGGUUCAUGUGUCGCAAGAGGCUUUAAAUAGUUUUCUCAAAUCUGCAGAAAACUUGCAGGUUAAGGGACUUUCAACGGAAACAGGUCGUUUAGCAGCGCAGCAAGCACAACAACACAUAGAAUCUGCGCCACUCGAUUCGCCCACAUGUCGUCGCAGUAUUCGCAACAGCUUAAGUGGCAAUGGAAAUACUAGCGGCACUGGUGGCGGCGGUGGUGGUGUUAGUGGAAUAUGUGGUGGUACUGGUAGUGUUGCUGGUGGUGGUGGCGGCGGUGCAGAUAGUGGUGGUGGCGUUACGGGAAGUGGUAAUAUUAUUACUGGUCCUGGCGCUCUCGGCAAUAAUAUACCUGGUAACAUGGGUAGUGGUAGCGGCGCUGGCGCUGCACAUUCACUACGUGGGGCUUAUACUGGUAGUCUCAAACAAGAAUGCGAUUCACUUAUGCAACCGAGUAGUUCAACUCUGGGCGCAAUGUCACCAUAUGUGCCACCCAUGUACCGGCCAAUGUCAUUUGAACCAUUACGUAAGCGUGCACUACGCAGUCCAUAUGCUGAACAAGAAGUACGGGGUAGUGUAUUGCGUGACGGUUCAAAGAACUCAUCAGAUUGUGCUAGUCCUAUCAGUAAACCGCCCUACCAUCGCCCGUCGUCGAGCGCAUCUUCUACAGCACCCACCGAAGCAGAUACAAUGCAAUCAGAGCGAGCAUCACCGCAGUCAAGCCGUUAUGAGAAUCAUAGUCCCAGUACUACUGCCGGCAAUACGAAUGCUUCUAAUAGUUUGGUUGGCAUCCUCGAUAGAACAGUUAAAACGGAACGAAAUAAUGGUAGUACAAUUGAGGGUAAUGAUGACGACCGAGAUGAUCAUGAUGAAUCUAUUGAUAACGGUGCAGAGGACUUGCGUGUUAAAUUAGAGAAUUCCAAUUAUUCUCCACAGCCACCACCUACCUCAAAUACUUCUCCAACAACACCUACUCUACUGGAUAAUCUGAAAAACUCUGAAGGUGGACUACCGGGUGGCUUGGCAGCUAAUAUUGCUCCUGCUGAUAUGUUGAACGUUUGGAAUGCAACAAAACUAAAUAAUAAAAAUACCGGCAGGGUUAACACGCCAGAUGGUCAAAAACUCAAGUGCCUGUAUUGCGACCGCCUGUAUGGCUAUGAAACAAAUCUUCGUGCUCACAUUCGUCAACGCCAUCAAGGCAUACGUGUGCCAUGUCCAUUCUGUUCGAGAACUUUUACACGCAACAACACCGUACGACGUCACAUUGCACGAGAGCACAAGCAGGAAAUUGGCAUUGCUGCCGGAUCUGAUAUCGCUCCGGCAUCCGUUAUUGCUGCUGAAGCAGCAUCCGCCAAUCAUUCACAAUAGGAUGCGGCCGCAACAGCAGCGGCAGCAGUAGUUAUGAGUGCACAAAAAGAAGCAGCAAAACAGCGAAAGAGAAAAUCAUUAAAGAUGGCAUUAGAGAAAUGUAUGCAGAGACGUGAUGCAGCAGCAACAACCACACCAUCAGCAGGAACAGGAACAGGAACAGCAUUAGAAGCAACGAAAACAACAAGAACAACUUUUACAGCAGCAAAAGCAGCAGCAGCAUUAAUGGCAACAGAGGGUGUAAUUGCGAAGAUAGGAGAUGAGCAGUUACCUAAAAGGCAGCAAUCAGAGAUUAGUAUAGCCAUGGACAUUGUGGAGAAAUCCAAUAUGAAAGCAGCAGACUCAACAGUUAUCACUCAUCCAACUGUGAAUGCAGAUAUCGCAAAGGAGUCUACACUAAUGGAUACUAGAAUUGAUGUUUCCGCAAAAGUGGCACAUGAUACUUCAGUCGAAAUCGUUAAUAUUUCAGUGGAAAUGGAAACAGAAACUGAAAGUACAGAUGAUACUGAGGUGGCAACACCAGCUAAAAUUGCAGCAGAAAACCUAUUGCAAAUCGCAGAAGCAAUGGUUGAUGUUGCAGCUCAAGCCCAAAUUCAUGUUAAAGUAGAGCCAAUAACUGAAACGUCAGAAGUGAACACAUUGUAUAGAGCUAACGUCAAUGAAAAUGACGGUAUUACCGCCAUGCAUGCCACAAAGGUUGCAACUGCAACUGCUACAAUAAUUGCUACAAAAGAUUUAAAAAACCCACCGGAACAAAAAAUGGAAACGGAUUCCAAUGAGAACUCCGUUGCUGCUAAUACAAAUCUUCAAAAUGCUGAAAAUGUUGCUAGAAUCGCUGAAGCCAACGCAAGUGAGAUUGCUGUGAAUGAAGUUGCUGAUGCUGCAGCAACUACAACAACAGCAACGCUGAACUAAACAGAAAAGGGAAGGAAUAUGUUAUAUCUAUAUAAAUAUUGAUAUAGAUGUAGGUGCACUAAAGGAAAAUUGAAGAAUUGAAUAUGAACAACCAAAAAUACCAACUGUGGUUGGAUGCAUGUGGAUGCAUAACUAACUUAUUUUCCUAUAGAUAUAUACAAGAUAUAUAUAAACUACUGCAACAGCUGUUGUUGCUCGGAUGUAAUAAUGAAUAUGUAAAAUAUUCAAAGUAUGUAAGUAAAGUAAAUUUAUUAAAAAGCAGUAAGAACAGAAGAAUUACCUGCAAAAUUACUUCCAAUAGUAAUUAUAAUUAAUAAUAUUAUUAUAGAUUUUAAUUAACUAUAAUCACAAGGAAGCCUGAAAUAGUGAAACAGCAUGCACAGCAAAAAUUUUGUGUAAAAUAAUGAUAAGAAAGCCUAAUGAGAGAAAAGUAACGCAAUAGAAACAAUUAAAAUAUUUAUUUAAGUUUUUAUGUAUUGUGAUGGAUUUUUUAAUUGUAGGACAUGAUAUCAACAAUA